UCUUUUAAAUUCUAUUUUGUUUUUAAAUUUCAUUUUAUUUUAUUUUAUUUUAUUUUACUUUACUAUUUUACUUUAUUUUAUUUUAUUUUAUUUUAUUUUAUUUUAUUUUAUUUUAUUUUAUUUUAUUUUAUUUUAUUUUAUUUUAUUUUCUAGCACCAUGGCAAUUCCAAAUUCACAACCUGAGUCUCGUUUCUUCUGGGAUCUGGGAAUUGGGCCGUAGGCGGGGCGGCUCUUCUGGUGCUUUUUGGGAUUUUUUUUGGGGGGAUUUUUUUGGGAUUUUUCAGGGAUUUUUUCCUGGGGUAUUCCAGCAUUAUUUGGGAUUUAUUUUGGGAUUUUUUCCUGGGGUAUUCCAGCGAGUUUUGGGGAUAUUUUUUUGGGUAUUCCACCAGGUUUUUUUGGGAUUUUUCGGGGGAUUGUUUUGGUGGGUUCUGGCAUUGUUUGGGAUUUAUUUUGGGAUUUUUUUGGAGGAUUUAUUUGGGGAUUUAUUUUGAGAUUUUUUUGGGGGUAUUCCGGCACUUUUUGGGAUUUAUUUUGGGAUUUCUUUUGGGCUGUUCAGGUGUUAUUUGAGAUUUAUUUUGGGGGUUUUGGGGGGAUUUUUUCUGGGGUGUUCUGGUGCUUUUUGGCAUUUAUUUUGGGGUUCUUUUGGGGGAAUUUUUUUGGGGCUGUUCUGGCAUUAUUUGGCAUUUCUUUUGGGGAUUUUUUGUGGGGCAUUCCAGCACUUGUUGGGAUUUAUUUUGGGGGAUUUUUGGGGAUUUUUCUGGGGUAUUCUGGUGCUUUUUAGGAUUUAUUUUGAGAUUUCUUUUGGGCUGUUCAGGUGUUAUUUGGGAUUUAUUUUGGGGAGUUUUUUUGGGGUAUUAUAGAGAUUUUUGGGAUGUAUUUCGGGAUUUCUUUGGGCAUUUUUUGGGAGUAUUCUGGUGCUUUUUGGGAUGUAUUUUGUGGGGAUUCUUUUGGGGAUAUUCCAGUGCUUUUUGGGAUUUAUGUUGGGAUUUCUUCUGGGCUGUUCUGGUGCUUUUGGGGAUUUAUUUGGGGUUUUUUUGAGGGAUCUUUUCUGGGGUGUUCUGGCAUUAUUUGGAAUUUCUUUUGGGGAUUUCUUCUGGGCUAUUCCAGUGCUUUUUGGGAUUUAUUUGGGGAUUUUUCUUGGGCUGUUCUGGCGUUAUUUGGGAUUUAUUUUGGGGAUUUUUCUUGGGCUGUUCAGGCGUUAUUUGGGAUUUAUUUUGGGGAUUUUUCUUGGGCUGUUCAGGCGUUAUUUGGGAUUUAUUUUGGGGUGUUUUUGCAGUUUUCUCUGGGCUGUUCAGGCGUUAUUUGGGAUUUAUUUUGGGGUGUUUUUGCUUUUUUCUCUGGGCUGUUCUGGCAUUAUUUGGGAUUUAUUUUGGGGUUUUUCUCUGGGCUGUUCUGGCAUUAUUUGGGAUUUAUUUGGGGGUUUUUCUCGGGCUGUUCUGGCGUUAUUUGGGAUUUAUUUUGGGGAUUUUUCUUGGGCUGUUCAGGUGUUAUUUAGGAUUUAUUUUGGGGAUUUUUCUUGGGCUGUUCAGGCGUUAUUUGGGAUUCAUUUUGGGGUGUUUUUGCAGUUUUCUCUGGGCUGUUCCGGCGUUAUUUGGGAUUCAUUUUGGGGUGUUUUUGCAGUUUUCUCUGGGCUGUUCCGGCGUUAUUUGGGAUUUAUUUUGGGGUGUUUUUGCAGUUUUCUCUGGGCUGUUCCGGCGUUAUUUGGGAUUCAUUUUGGGGUGUUUUUGCAGUUUUCUCUGGGCUGUUUGGCGCUCUUUGGGGUGCUGUGGGGUCAGCAGCAGCUGCGGGGAGGCACCGGGGUUGUCCCGACCCCUUUGGGGUUCCUGGCUGGGCUCGCUCUGGGUUACUUGAAAUGAAGUUUGGGGGCGGAUCGAGGAGCGGUAGAAUUUUUUCCCACGUCUCAAGGCAAUAGGAUUAAUUAAUUAAUGAAUUAAUUAACAUGUAAUUAAACUGUAGAUACUCCUAGGACAGGAAAUCGAUGCCGAUAAUUUUAUUUUGUAUCAUUUUCCCUUUCUCUCUGUGUUGUUUUUCCCCCUUUUCCCUCCUUUUCUUUCCCCCCCCGAUGUUUCAAUAAAUUUAUUUUUUAGGAUUCUUAAAAAUCGCAAGUUUGGAUCCUCCCCUCCGGUUUUGGUUUUGUUUUUUUGGGUUUUUUUUGUUCUGUUGUUGUUUAUUUUUAAUUUGUAUUUUAUUCUGAGUUGGGCUGUGUUAUUAUUCCCGAUACCUUUAAAAUAUUGUGGGUGUUUUAAUAAAUUUUAUAUUUAUUUUUUGCACUCAA